CAUAUUCGCGACCGCUUGGAGCGACAUUGCUAUUUUGUAAUGUAUUCCACUUUACCAGCAGCACCAGCGCAUAUCAUACAUCAGGCAGGGGCGUCAGGGGCGUCAGGGGCACGGGUGGGGGCGGCUGCGGAUGGUCGCGGCGCCCACCCGCGGCACGCCGAGGCGGUGGCCGCGCUCCGCGGUCUGAACCAGCAGGCUGCCGACGGCGGCUUGUUUCAUGCACCUGCUGCUGCCGCGGCCGGUGCUUCCAGCGCCCCGCCUACUCCUCAACCGCAAGCCGCCGCUGGCGUGCUUAUUCGUCGUACGGUGCAGCCGCGUGUGUUGUGCAGCUCCGCCAGCCGCAGCGGCAAGCUGCCUCCCAGCCUGCAGCUGCUGGCAGCGCCGCGGAGCCUUGUGCUUGUGACCCCCGAGCAGGAGGUGUGGCUGCAGCCGGUGCCGUACACGCAGCCAUUUCCAAGUGAGCAAUGACCGUGAUAGUAUGGUCGACCUGGCCGUGGUAGCGUGAGCAGGAGGUCGUACUGAUGCUGGGGUGUGACUGUAUGAGCGUAUGUAUGAAGGUAUGACCUCGGUGCCUAUCUGUGUGUCGGUAGCUAGCUUGGAUCAAGGUCUCUGAAGGACGCCUGACUUCGUGAUAGGGUAUUAGGGCACGAGAUGAUGUACCGUAUUCGUGAACGGCUGGCCGACGUGGCCUAUCUGAUGUUUUGGGGCGUAAAAGGACAACUGGUUACUGGUGAUCCAGUGAUCGUGGGGCGCAAUAUAGGCCAAUGGCCCAAUGGCCGCCCUGCCUGACCUUCACUGACGAUACCUGUCCGUUGCCGUCAAGAAUGACCAUUCCC